AUGGACUUUCUCUCUUGGAUCAAUGUACGAGUUACUACAAUGGAUGCAGAGUUGGAAUUUGCCAUCCAACCCAAUACAACUGGCAAACAGCUCUUUGACCAGGUGGUGAAAACAGUUGGACUCCGUGAAGUUUGGUUUUUUGGGCUGCAGUAUGUGGACAGCAAAGGCUAUUCAACGUGGCUGAAGCUGAAUAAAAAGGUAACACAGCAAGAUGUAAGGAAAGAAAAUCCUCUCCAAUUCAAGUUCAGGGCCAAGUUUUUUCCGGAGGAUGUAUCUGAGGAGUUAAUUCAAGAAAUAACUCAGAGACUGUUCUUUCUGCAAGUGAAAGAGGCUAUUCUAAAUGAUGAAAUCUACUGUCCACCUGAAACUGCAGUUCUACUGGCUUCUUAUGCCGUCCAAGCAAAGUAUGGUGAUUACAAUAAGGAGAUUCAUAAGCUAGGCUACUUGGCCAAUGACAGACUUCUUCCCCAGCGGGUCUUGGAACAACACAAACUGACCAAAGAGCAGUGGGAGGAAAGAAUACAGAACUGGCAUGAAGAACAUAGGGGGAUGUUGAGGGAAGAUUCUAUGAUGGAGUACCUCAAGAUUGCACAAGAUUUGGAAAUGUAUGGAGUUAACUAUUUUGAAAUAAAGAAUAAAAAGGGAACUGAAUUGUGGCUAGGUGUUGAUGCUUUGGGUCUGAAUAUUUAUGAGCAUGACGACAAGUUGACACCCAAGAUUGGUUUUCCUUGGAGUGAAAUCAGAAACAUCUCAUUUAAUGACAAAAAGUUUGUCAUAAAGCCAAUUGACAAAAAGGCCCCUGAUUUUGUUUUUUAUGCACCUCGCCUGAGAAUUAAUAAGCGGAUUUUGGCACUCUGCAUGGGAAAUCAUGAAUUGUACAUGAGGAGGAGAAAACCUGAUACAAUUGAAGUGCAGCAAAUGAAAGCCCAAGCUAGAGAGGAGAAACAUCAGAAACAGUUGGAGAGGGCACAACUAGAAAAUGAGAAAAAGAAAAGGGAAAUAGCAGAAAAAGAAAAGGAAAGAAUAGAACGUGAAAAAGAAGAAUUAAUGCAACGCUUAAGACAAAUUGAAGAACAGACAAUGAAGGCACAGAAAGAGUUAGAAGAACAGACGAGAAGAGCUCUAGAACUGGAUCAAGAACGAAAGCGUGCAAAAGAAGAAGCAGAGCGCUUGGAAAAAGAUCGCCGUGCUGCCGAAGAAGCUAAAGCUGCUCUAGCCAAACAGGCUGCUGAUCAAAUGAAGAACCAGGAACAGCUAGCAGCAGAACUUGCUGAAUUCACUGCCAAGAUUGCACUUCUAGAGGAGGCCAAGAAGAAGAAAGAAGAGGAAGCUACAGAAUGGCAGCACAAAGCUUUUGCAGCCCAGGAGGAUUUGGAAAAGACCAAAGAAGAGCUCAAGACGGUAAUGUCUGCUCCUCCUCCACCUCCCCCACCACCAGUUAUUCCUCCAACUGAGAAUGAACACGAUGAGCAUGAUGAGAACAAUGCUGAAGCUAGUGCAGAACUGUCUUCUGAUGGUGUCACAAACCACAGAAGUGAGGAAGAACGGGUGACGGAAACACAGAAAAAUGAGCGUGUUAAGAAACAGCUCCAGGCAUUAAGUUCUGAGUUGGCCCAAGCCAGAGAUGAAACCAAGAAAACUCAGAACGAUGUCCUUCAUGCUGAGAAUGUUAAAGCGGGCCGUGAUAAGUACAAGACUCUUCGACAGAUCCGACAAGGCAAUACAAAGCAGCGUAUUGAUGAGUUUGAAGCAAUGUGAGAGCUGUUAUUUUGCAUAUCUGUUCCUCGUAAAGCUGAACCACCAACAGAGAAAAAAAGCAGGCCUUUGCAGUUUUGAAGGAUUUCACCCCACUUUGCCAAAGCACUUAUACCAGUUUGACUGUGGUGGUUAAAGACAAAAUUUAGAGGAAGGCAUUCAACAAUAAGGCAGUCUUGUCAUAUACCCAGCUUUUUCAGUGGAUGGAGGGGAGGCGGGGGAGAGGUGUGGGAAGAAGGGAUGUGUGUCGAAAGAGUGGAAAAUGACGGCAGAACAUUUAUCUCCCAUAGUUUUUUUUUUCAUUUUCUGUUCUUGCUUUUUUGUUCUCCUUAAAAUUGGCAGCUAACUAUCAUGACUGACAAAUGUAUGUGUUACCUAAACAUUAAGAGGUAAAAAGGACUUGAGGCACGAAUCUAAAACUGUCAGAUACUGUUUGUGUGAUGCAGUUUGAAAUGCAGUUUUUUCAAUUUUGCUGCACUAGUAGGAAUCUGAUUUUGCUGACAUCCUUGUGUGCGUUUUAUUUUUAUUUUUCCCCCUAAACUUUCUUUGGUGUUUCAUGUCCUGUCAUCAUUGAUGGUUUUCUUUGCCUACCUGUUCACAAAGGUCUAGAGAGCAGGUGGUAGUUCCAGCAGAUUUUUUUUAAAAAUGGAACACUACCUGUGGGCAGCACAUAUCUGCUGAUAGGCUUCAAUAAAUAUUGUUUUUGUAGAUGAUAACUUUAGAUAUGCAGAAAUAGUUUAAUGAAGAAAAAAUAAAACCUUCAAACCCCCCCUAUAUCCUGUUUGCUUAUAAUUAUUUUAGUUGCAACAGGAAAAACCUGGACCUUUCUGGCAAGGGAGCAUAUGAAAACAUCAGUCCCAAGGAGGGGACAGUAUCCUACCUCACUACUAUAUACAUGAUGACUGGUCCUUCAAACACCAUGUAAAUCUUUAGUGUGAAAUUGUCUUUCCCUUUAUGAUGAUAUUUACAAAGCUAGGAGUCCUUGUGCUCUUAAGGUUUUGUUUUCCUUCCAGGUGGAUUUAUGUUGCUAAAUAUUGUUUAACUGCCUUUUUGUUGAGUUAAAUUGUAAAAGCUUAUUAUGAACUCUAAAACUAUAACUUGUCACUGGUAUACUCUCUUCUGGGAGGGGUGUGGAAUGUGUUUGACUUACUUUAUAUGUGGGUUUCCAAAUACCAAAUGAAAGCUCCCAUUGUUGAAAAAAGAAAAGAAGGAACCUGUAGUUUUAUUUUUCAGUGAGGCCAGUUCAUAAUUAUGUCUUUGUAUCUGAUGUCUGAUCGUUGUUGCUCAGUUGUUACAACUUUUUGAAAGGGCAAUUUAAACAAAAUGGUGGGUUUUUUAAAUUUAUAAGGUCAAAUAAUGUGUGGAGAUUGAGUCUUUCUUUUAAGAGGUCAUUUUGCAACAAAUACGGACUGUCUUUUUUAUUUUAUAGUACCCUAGUUACAGUUUAUAAAAGCCUUGCUUUCUCUGAGGAUGGUUCAGCUAUCUUCCGUUUGAUAUUAUGCACUCAUAAAUUACACUCAUCUAUUAAAAUUUGCCAUUUUAUUAAACAUUUUUCAUGCACAAUAGGUUCAAGUUACUUAUGAACAGGUCAGUUGAGUUUUGGUUGUUUUUUUUUUUUGGUUUUGUUGAGUUAAAGGUUGACUAUCUGGGAUGACAUCAUGAAAACGGAAUAAAGUUACAUUUAAUAUAUUUUGAGCUUGUGGGGCUAAAAGUGUCUGGUUAACUUUGAAGACUGGUGUGCAGAUGUUGUGCACAUGCUUCAACAUGCUGCUUGGUGGAAGUUAGUUUUUCUACUUGCAGUGCAUUGAAAGAACAAUUUAUGUAUCACAGGCUUCAUACACUGAAGCAUGAACAUUCAGAUUUCCAAAGUGUUAGAACAAUUUGCCAUAGCAAGUGAAAUGCUGUACUUCCAAUGACUUUUUGGUUGUUUUUGCUGAAAAGUGUGCACUAACACUAUUACAUCAGUUAAUCAGUGUUGGAAAAUAUCAGUUAGGUUUGCUGUUCAUAAACCUACAGUUUAUAGAUUAGAAUUACAGUGGAUCUAAUCCAUUUUUUAAAGCUGUGUGAAUUUUUCUAAACAACCAGGAACAACCAUUUGUAACAUACGGAUUUUCGCAAUGAACAAAGUGGUGAUAAAUGCAUUCACCAGCAGUUGAAAACACUUACUGAUGCAGAAAUGUUGAGAAUCGUUUAAUGAGUACUUGGUGAAGUAAAUUUCAACAUGCUUUUUCCCUUAGCAUCAUGUUUUAUGUUGUACAAUUAAACUACGAUUACAUCUACUAUUUUGGAUAACAUUCAUUGGUUAACAAUAAAGAGAUACAGUUAAUUUCU